UUAUCUGCGUGUUCUCCGCCGUAGAAGCUGUAGGAGCUGUGGACCUGUUCUCAGUGACGGACUGCUUGUUGCUUUGAACGGCCGGUACGUAACCAGGCGAGAGUCCCAGCAGAGUUGCGGCAGGCUCCCUCUCUGCGCUCGCACACGGCCACGGCCGCAGUAGCUAAACGGCUCACGGCACAGCGCUGCCGUUUCUCAGUGUCGGGCUUGCGCUCCUCGACUAGGCCGACGGGACUGCGCUCCCCGUACGGGACACGCAGGGAACAAUUCGGCGGUUUUUGAGAAGGUUUGACCGUCGAUGGUGUUGUACGUUCUCUUUAACGCUUCUUUGUUCGGGUCAUUGGCGGAGGAGUUCUUAAAAAACGAAUUCUAAUCACGCUCGCUCAUGCCAUAAUUAUGACUGUUGUACCUUUAGAUUGUUGAUUAUUGUCUAUUGAUUCAAAUAUAACAGGCGUUAAGAAAUUGAGUCGGCCAAGCCAGCUGCUUGAUGGCCAUUACUUGCAUGCCUGAUGCUCAGAUUGGAGUAUUUUUGGGGAGCAGAAUGAUAAACUCUUGUGUGUGAUUGGGUAUCUCUGUGUGUUUUAAAAACAUACAUAAUAUUGCCUGCUACGGCAUUCUCUUUUGCUGCUGGGUCAGUUUUUUAGACUGAAAUGUCUUUACUGUCUGAGUUCAUAUUUUAAAGUGCAGGCCGUAAAUAUUUAGACGGUGGUACGAUUUAUCUUCUUUUGGUUCUGCACUCACAUUGGAUUUGAAAUGAAACCAUUAAUUAGAGAUUUCCACCUUUAGUUUGAGGGUAUUUAGAUCCACAUCAGGUGAUCAGGUGGGGCGGCCUGUAGCGUAGUGGUUAAGGUAAAUGACUGGGACACGCAAGGUCGGCGGUUCGAUCCCUGGUCAAGCCACAAAAAGAUCCGCACAGCCGUUGGGCCCAUGAGCAAGGCCCUUAACCCUGCAUUGCGCCAGGGGAGGAUUGUCUCCUGCUUAGUCUAAUCAACUGUACGUCGCUCUGGAUAAGAGCGUCUGCCAAAUGCCAAUAAUGUAAUGUAAUGAUAGAGGUAGGAAUUACAUCCAAUUUAAUACAUAGUCUGCUUCUCGGCCAUUUGUGAUUGGUCUGGUGUAUUCAGUCGCUUCCAGUGUUCCAUUGUCUGUAACCAGCACUAAAAUGCUCCGGUUUUCCGUUUGGACAUCUGUCCAGUCCUGUGUCGUGUAAGCUCUCCGCCUCUCCUCUUAGGGGUCUCCUACCCCUGCUCCAGUCGCUUCAAAUCUUAUCGAUUAAAACCGAGGGCUGGAGUCUCCGCACCGGCCUGUCUUAUCACCGCCUGCCCUGCGUCUGAUUGGGGAUGUGUCCCUUGUGUUCCCCUCCUGCUUUCAGUCCCCUGGCUGAGCUCACAGCUGACCUGGAUGGUUUCUUUGAGUCCUGGAUGGUGUUUGUUUGAGUCCUGGAUGGUGAUUGUUCGAGUCCUGGAUGGUGUUUGUUCGAGUCCUGGAUGGUGUUUGUUCGAGUCCUGGAUGGUGUUUGUUUGAGUCCUGGAUGGUGUUUGUUCGAGUCCUGGAUGGUGUUUGUUUGAGUCCUGGAUGGUGUUUGUUUGAGUCCUGGAUGGUGUUUGUUCGAGUCCUGGAUGGUGUUUGUUUGAGUCCUGGAUGGUGUUUGUUUGAGUCCUGGAUGGUGUUUGUUCGAGUCCUGGAUGGUGUUUGUUUGAGUCCUGGAUGGUGUUUGUUCGAGUCCUGGAUGGUGUUUGUUCGAGUCCUGGAUGGUGUUUGUUUGAGUCCUGGUGGUCAGACUGGGUGCCUGUGGACUACGCUGACUUCAUUCUCCUCCAGCGACAUGGGCCACGUGUGACUGCUGGUGCAUCUGCAGUAUGGAGGAUCCAGAGGAGGAUCCAGAGGAGGAUCCAGAAUCAGGCGUCAUGUGAAUGAGGGUGGCCGGGUUGGGAAAAUAGGGAAAAAUCUGGGAAUAAAAUAUACAGAACAUUAAAAAUAUAUAAAGGUUACCUAGGACAGAGGAUCCAGGUGAGAUGAGUUGCUUUAACUGAUCAAAUGAGUUUUGAGCAACAAGGAAAACCCUGUGGCUCUCCAGGACCAGGGCUGGGGACCCCGGUGGAUUCUGUGGCUCUCCGGGGUUGGGGACCCCUGUUUCACUUUACCGGCUUUGAAGCUUUGUUCCUCAGAGAGUUCUCGGUGUUAAACAUUAAUUUGCGUGUUUUGGUGAUUGAGUCCCUUCGCCUCUCUCAGUUACGGCAUGUUGGCUCGACUUCUCCUGCGUCCCCUUCUGCUGGCUGCAGUGUCGUCUUCCUACAUGACCCCGGACCCGGCCCCACUGCCAUCCUCACCCUCUUCUUCCUCUGAACCGCCCUACUCCUCCUCCUCCUCCUCCUCCUCCUCCUCCUCCUCCCCCUCCCCCUCCUCCUCCUCCCCCUCCCCCUCCUCCUCCUCCCCCUCCCCCUCCUCCCCCUCCUCCUCACUUUGUCCGUGUGUCCCCAGCACACCUCAAUGCCCAGCUUGUACCACUCACUCCCCGCCUCCAACCACGACGUGGGAAGCUUGCCCUGUGAAGGAGCUGGCAGCCUACAAGGCAGUGACCGGACUGCUGUCUGUUACGGUUCUGAUCAUGGUCCUGAUCCGAUUCGGACCGCAGAUCUACACCACUGCCUGCAAGAGACUUUUUGGACGGAGGAGGAGGGAGUGGAUUGGACCUACAGAGAGUGUGUCAUUCAGAGCCCAGAACACACUCUAUCCUAACAGUAAUGAUGACAAGAGGCUGUCGUUCCCUGGUCUGGAGCGAUUGGCGGUUAACAGCAGUCGAGAGCCUUCCUCAAACCGCAAUAGUGACUACGACUCUUAUAACUAAGCUUCUUGUCCCAUAACCAUCGUCAUUAUAAUCUUAUAAAUGUUUUAUACUCUAUUAACUCUGCAGUUUCAUUUGCAAGUGGCUUCCAAAUAAAACAUAUUUGUAUUAAAA